UCUUUGCUCCAUGGUUCUUUGAGGACUCAAAUGUCAAAAUUGUGAUGUCAAAAGCCUAGUGUUCAAGGAUUGAACUUCAAUCCUUUUUCUAUGGUUCAAAGCUUUAUAAUCUGUGCCAGGGUUUGUUCUGUGAAAAGAAAAGAAAAUUGUUAAUUUUUGGCUUGAAACCAAAGUUGAGGAAGAAGAAAAUAUUAAUUUUUGUAAAUCUUUCUAUUUUACAUAUUUAGUGUUUACAAUGUAAACUUUACAUGCCUGCUUUUUUAAAAAGUGGAAAUUAGGUAUCCUUUUAAGACUAAAUAAUAAAGUUAAGAAAUAAUAAGGUUAUGUUUCCUAAUAAUUUAUACAGACAUUAUGAUUGGAGAAAGAUUGCAAAAAAAUUUAGAAGGAAAAGAAUAAGGCAGUCUAUAGCAAAAAAAAGGGAUGAACUUCUUGAAAAAGAGCAAAAUGAGCAAAAUAAAUCUCCGACAUAUCAGGCUUGGUUGGAAGAGGAGGCAAAAAGAAAACAAUUUGAAAUUGAAGAGGAAAAUAGAAUAAGACGAGAACAAGAAGACAAUUGGUGUAGAAUUGAAGUUGAAGCCCAAAGACAAUGGAGAGCAUUACAAGUAAAAUUAGCUGAAGCAAGGGAAGAAAGAGCUAAACAAAAUGCAAAAAUUAAGCUAGAAUGGGAACAGGAACAAAAAAAAUUACAAGAACUAAAGGAACAAAAAGAAAAGGAACUGCUUGAAAAGAAAAAAUUACAAGAGCAGCAAACUAAAGAAAUUGAUGAUUUUUUGAUUUCUGGAGGAGAAACUCCAGAGCAUCUUAAAGUGACCCUUGAAACAAAUCCAAAUAAACCCAUAUGUCCAUUUUUUCAAAAAACAUCUGCGUGCAGGUUUUUCGAUGCCUGCUCCAGAAACCACAUAAGGCCUGGGGUAAGCCACAUAAUUGUAAUUCCCAAUUUUUACACACAUUACAGUCUUGAAAAAACAUCAGAAAAUGAACAUGGCAGUGAUAAUAGUUUAGAAUUUGAAAAGCAUGAAACUUAUAACCAUUUCAAAGAGUUUUUUUAUGAUGUCGUAUAUGAAAUGGAAAAAUAUGGAAGAAUAUUGAUUUUUCAUGUUUGCUGUAAUCAUGAGUCCCACCUAAGAGGUAAUGUUUUUGUGGAAUAUGAAACUACAAGAUCUGCUUUAAAAAGCUUUAAAACCUUCAAUGGUAGAUGGUAUGGAGGAAAGCAAUUAAAUGUUGAGUUUUGUGCUUUCGAGUCUUGGAAAAAGGCCAUUUGUGGUCUACAUUUUUCAAACAGAUGUCCCAAAGGAAGUGCAUGUAAUUUUCUUCAUGUCUUUAGAAAUCCCAAAAAUUUGUAUAGUUAUGAUUUUUUCAAAAGGGAACAAGAAAAAACUGACAAUGAAUUAAACAAAAAAAAAUAUUGGAGAUGGUCGGAAUCACCAGAAAGAAUAACAGAUCCCAAUAAACAUUCCAGUAAAAGAUCUAGGUCUAGGAAAAUAAGACAUUCUAGAUCAAGAAGUAGACGAAAAAGAUCUAGGUCUAGGAGUACUAAAAGUAGAUCAUCCAGAAGUUAUAGAAGCAAUAGCUCUAAAAGAAGAUCCUAAAUGUGUAACACUGCAACAAAAAAUUAGCUGGGUUUGGACCAGUACCUAUUAAAAAAAAUGAAUUAUG